AUGCAGGUUCGCUGUCGCUCAGUGCAGUACAUUCCAAAGGCUGACUUGUGCCCCGGCUGGGUCCAUCUUCCCCCGGGCAGCCAGAAUGGCGGUGUUGCCAACAGCGGCCAGAGUGGAUGGAAUGGGUUUUUGCAGAUAUCCCCCAGACAAACAGGUCAAGUAUCACUACAUUCAACGUCAUGGACUAUUCGUUCUUCAACAUGGCCGGCUCCGCAAGCGGACCCGUGGCUCCUCACUGAGAACGCUUGCUAUCCCUCCACUCUGACACAGGACCCCGGCUUCGCUCUUCUGACCUGGGACCAUUACUAUGGAGCUGUGCCAGCGCGCCUACCUUACUCUGUCCCACCAACGUUGCAGUUCCUGGACGAAGAGUAUCCGAAAUUUGUGAGGGAUGAUCAAACUGACAAGAUCCUUGUCGACGAGGGCAAUUCAACUCGGAAGGCUACUGACGAGGAAAUGAAAUGUCAGACUGAUGAUUGCGCACAGGAACUGGAGGAGUACGACCAGGCAGUGGAAGAAACCAAAGAGGCGGCUAGGUAUCCCAAUUUAUGGAAAUAAACCAAUCGCCUUGAAUGAGUGAGCUCUGAACGAGGCUGUAAGGAGGGGCGUACCAAUAUAGCUUCUUCCCAACAAGCAUGAUAGACAAUUGUAUGUGUAGUGGGGAAAU